GGCAUUGCACCGUUUGUGCUCUUUCAGCUCUGAGAGCCUAAACAAUUCUUUGAUAUAAAUUUUUCCAUUCAAAGUUUAAAAAUCAAGAAGAAACAAGAUUUGGGUUUUGGUGGGUUUUUUGUUAUAUACUGAAUCACAUCGAUAGUUCAUUUAAUUCUUUGUUAAAAAUGGAGGGUGGUGACCUCUAUAGAGCUAGUAGUAGUUUACGAAGAGGAGGUUCUUCUAUAUGGACAAAUAAUACAAUACCUGAAGUAUUUUCAAGAUCUUCAAGAGAAGAAGAUGACGAAGAAGCUCUUAAGUGGGCUGCUCUUGAAAGGUUGCCUACUUAUGAUCGUUUGAGGAAAGGUAUAUUGUCUACUGCAUCAAGAAGUGGAGCUAACGAGAUUGAUGUUGGUAGUCUUGGAUUCCAUGAAAGGAAACUUUUGCUUGAGAGGUUAGUGAGAGUUGCUGAAGAGAAUAAUGAGGAAUUCUUGUUGAAGCUCAAGAACCGUAUUGAUAGGGUUGGAAUUGAACUUCCAAAAAUUGAAGUUCGGUUUGAGAACCUAAAUAUUGAAGCUGAAGCCUUUGCAGGAAGCAGAGCUUUGCCUACAUUCAUUAAUUUCUCUAUUAAUAUAUUUGAGGGCUUCCUGAAUUCUCUUCAUAUUCUUCCAAGUAGAAAAAAACAAUUGACCGUCCUCAAGGAUGUUAGUGGAGUCAUCAAGCCAUCAAGGAUGACUUUACUUUUGGGUCCUCCAAGUUCUGGAAAGACUACACUUUUGUUAGCAUUGGCUGGAAAGCUUGAUCCUAAUUUGAAGUUUUCUGGUAAUGUGACUUAUAAUGGUCAUAGAAUGAAUGAAUUCAUACCACAAAGUACCGCUGCCUAUAUCAGUCAACAUGAUCUUCAUAUAGGAGAAAUGACUGUAAGAGAAACUCUAUCAUUUUCUGCCAGAUGCCAAGGAGUUGGAACCCGACUUGAAAUGCUGGCUGAGUUGUCUAGAAGAGAGAAAGCAGCAAAUAUUAAACCUGAUCCGGAUAUUGAUGUUUUCAUGAAGGCUGUAGCAACAGAAGGCCAGGAGACCAAUGUGGUCACAGAUUAUAUUUUGAAGAUAUUAGGAUUAGAAGCCUGUGCAGAUACCUUGGUUGGAGACGAAAUGUUAAGAGGCAUCUCCGGUGGACAAAGGAAGCGUGUAACAACAGGUGAAAUGCUGGUUGGGCCAGCGAGGGCAUUGUUUAUGGAUGAGAUCUCCACUGGCUUGGACAGCUCCACAACUUACCAAAUUGUGAACUCACUUAAGCAAACCAUUCAUAUUCUUGAUGGAACUGCUGUCAUUUCUCUCCUCCAGCCAGCACCAGAGACUUAUGAUCUCUUUGAUGACAUUAUUCUGCUGUCCGAUGGCCAGAUUGUUUACCAGGGUCCUCGGGAACAUGUGCUCGAGUUUUUUGAUUAUAUGGGCUUCAAGUGUCCUGAAAGAAAAGGCGUGGCAGAUUUCUUGCAAGAAGUGACAUCAAAGAAUGAUCAGAAGCAAUAUUGGGUACAAAAAGAUCAGCCUUACAGUUUUAUCACAGUUCAAGAAUUUGCUGAGGCAUUCCAAUCAUAUGAUGUGGGUCGAAAAAUUGGACAAGAGCUUUCAACCCCAUUUGAUAAGUCCAAGAGCCACCCUGCUGCCUUGGCAACGAAAAAGUAUGGUGUUGAUAAGAUGGAGCUGUUUAAAGCUUGCUUCUCAAGAGAAUACUUGCUCAUGAAGAGGAACUCAUUUGUUUAUAUCUUCAAGCUCACCCAACUUGUAGUCAUGGCAAUUAUAUCUAUGACACUAUUCCUGCGAACUGAGAUGCAUCGAGAAGACCUCACGGAUGCAGGAGUGUAUUUGGGCGCCUUGUUCUUCACUUUGGUUAUGAUCAUGUUCAAUGGCAUGGCAGAGCUAUCCAUGACCAUUGCAAAGCUUCCUGUGUUUUACAAGCAAAGGGACCUCCUAUUCUAUCCUCCUUGGGCAUUUGCGCUUCCCACAUGGAUACUUAAAAUUCCUAUUACAUUUUUCGAAGUUGGUGUUUGGGUUUUUAUCACCUAUUAUGUCAUCGGAUUUGAUCCUAAUGUUGAAAGAUUAUUCAAGCAGUACUUUCUGCUCUUAAUUGUUAACCAGAUGGCCUCUGGACUAUUCCGAUUUAUAGCUGCAGUAGGAAGGAACAUGAUUGUUGCUAACACAUUUGGAUCAUUUGCGCUACUUACAGUUUUUGCAUUGGGGGGCAUAGUCCUGUCACGAGAUGACAUUAAGAAAUGGUGGAUAUGGGGUUACUGGAUCUCACCAAUGAUGUAUGGGCAGAAUGCAUUAGUAGCUAAUGAGUUCUUAGGAGAGAGCUGGAAUCAUGUUCCAGCAAACUCAACCUCAACUGAUUCCUUGGGAGUUCAAUUUAUUAAAAGUCGUGGGUUCUUCCCACAUGCAUACUGGUAUUGGAUAGGCAUAGGCGCAUUGACAGGAUUCACAAUAUUAUUCAACUUGUGUUUCACUUUGGCUCUCACUUACCUUAAUCCAUAUGAGAAGCCCCAUGCUGUUAUAUCUGACGAGCCUGAACGUAGUGACAGAACCGAAGGAGCCAUUCAGUUAUCACAAAAUGGAAGUAGUCAUAGGACAAUCACAGAGAGUGGAGUUGGAAUUAGGAUGACUGAUGAGGCAAACCAUAAUAAGAAAAAAGGAAUGGUUCUUCCAUUUGAACCACAUUCCAUCACCUUUAAUGAUGUUUUGUACUCUGUUGACAUGCCUCAGGAAAUGAAAAGUCAAGGAAUUGCUGAAGAUAAAUUGGUGCUUUUGAAGGGUGUCAGUGGUGCAUUCAAGCCAGGUGUUCUGACAGCAUUGAUGGGUGUUAGUGGUGCUGGUAAAACUACUCUGAUGGAUGUGCUGGCUGGUAGGAAAACUGGUGGAUAUAUUGAGGGGGACAUCAGAAUUUCUGGGUACCCAAAGAAGCAAGAUACUUUUGCUAGAAUUUCAGGAUAUUGCGAGCAAAAUGACAUCCAUUCGCCACACGUUACUGUUUAUGAAUCCCUAAUCUACUCGGCUUGGCUUCGUCUAGCCCCUGAAGUUGACCCUGAAACCAGGAAGAUGUUUGUUGAUGAAGUUAUGGAGCUUGUGGAACUAAAUCCACUGAGGCAAGCACUAGUCGGAUUGCCAGGGGUGAAUGGUCUGUCUACUGAGCAGCGGAAGCGGCUAACAAUUGCAGUUGAGCUAGUGGCAAACCCCUCCAUAAUAUUCAUGGAUGAGCCAACUUCAGGACUAGAUGCAAGGGCUGCUGCAAUUGUAAUGAGAACAGUUAGAAACACUGUGGACACAGGAAGAACGGUUGUAUGCACCAUCCACCAGCCAAGUAUUGAUAUAUUUGAAGCUUUCGAUGAGCUAUUCUUGAUGAAGAGAGGUGGAGAAGAGAUAUAUGUUGGGCCAUUGGGUCGCCAUUCUUGCCAUCUGAUUAACUAUUUUGAGGGAAUUGAAGGAGUAAGUAAAAUUAAAGAUGGUUAUAAUCCAGCAACUUGGAUGCUGGAAGUUACCAGUUCUGCACAAGAGUUGUCUUUGGGAGUUGAUUUUGCUACUAUCUACAAGAAUUCAGAGUUGUACAGGAGAAACAAAGCAAUUAUUAAAGAAUUAAGCACUUCAGCUCCUGGUUCAAAGGGCCUCUAUUUCCCUACACAGUACUCCCAGUCCUUUUUAACCCAAUGCAUAGCUUGCUUAUGGAAGCAACGGUUGUCAUACUGGCGGAAUCCACCAUAUACUGCUGUCAGAUUUCUGUUCACCACCUUUAUAGCAUUGAUGUUCGGGACAAUGUUCUGGGAUCUUGGCUCCAAAACGAGGACGCAACAAGACAUUUUUAAUUCUGCGGGUUCAAUGUACGGAGCAGUUGUCUUUCUAGGGACACAAAAUGCGGCAUCUGUGCAACCGGUUGUAGCAAUUGAAAGAACUGUCUUCUAUAGAGAAAGAGCUGCCGGAAUGUAUUCAGCUUUGCCUUAUGCCUAUGCGCAGGUCCUGGUUGAGAUUCCAUACAUUUUUGCUCAAGCAGUUGUAUAUGGUCUUUUAACAUACUCAAUGAUUGGAUUCGAAUGGACUGCUGCUAAGUUCUUUUGGUAUAUAUUCUUCAUGUACUUCACAUUGAUGUACUUCACCUACUACGGAAUGAUGGCUGUUGCCGUGACGCCAAAUCACCACAUUGCAUCCAUAGUUUCUUCAGCAUUUUAUGGAAUUUGGAACCUCUUUUCAGGAUUUAUUGUCCCAAGAACCAGGAUGCCUGUAUGGUGGAGAUGGUAUUACUGGGCAUGUCCAGUGUCAUGGACCUUGUACGGAUUGAUUGGGUCGCAGUUUGCAGAUAUAAAAGAUUCAUUUGAAGGUGGGAGCCAAACAGUGGAAGAUUUUGUAAGAGAGUACUAUGGUAUCAGACAUGAUUUUCUCGGAGUAGUUGCAGCUGUGAUUGUCGGGACUACUGUACUAUUUGCUUUUAUUUUCGCUGUUUCUGUCAAGUCCUUUAACUUCCAAAGGAGAUAAAGAUUUAGUUUGUUGUCUUAUUAUUCUUAUUCUUUGGUUUAUAGCUGUAGGCAUUAUAAUGAAGAAAUUCUAAAUUUGUUAAACAUUUUCUUAGGAACAUUACAUCCAUUUUUUGUAUAGUAAUGAUACAAGGAAAUGUUUCUGUAUUCCUACUGGUGUAUUUGUAGUUCACUUCAGUCAUCCCGGACAGAUGAUGAUGAAAUAAACAUGAUAGAAAUGAAAUAAAGUGAUCCUUCAAUU